AUGUCGCUGUACUACACUCUAGUGUUCAUCUUUUUAUGCAUUGAGGUCGUUAUCUUCUCCAUCCUGGCGUUGCCGAUCCCCACAAAGUUCCGCAGACCACUGACGCUAUGCUUGCUGAAACCAUUCCAACUGGAAGUGGUUCAAAUUACGAUAAAAUGCAUCCUUGGUUUCAUACUGCUGCUCUUUGCUGAUACCAUUAAUAAGGUGUACAGCAUCGAGACGGAGCUCAACGCGGCGUCGAACGCCAACAUCAAGGGCGGCGGGAUAUACUCGCAAGACAGGAUCGAGGUUCUAUCGAGAAAGUUUUUCGCACAGCGUAACAUGUAUCUGACCGGCAUGACGCUGUUCCUGACGUUUACGGUCGUGAGGACGUUCAGUCUGGUGCAAGAACUGCUGGAGCUGAAGGACAAGUACCGUAAAGAAAAUCCUGAGAUCGAUACCGCCAAGCUGGAAUCAGAAGACUCCAGCGAGAAGGACAAGCUUUUGAAGAAAAUUGAGGACAACGAAAAAGAGAUUUCCAGGUUGACGGAAAAAGCUAAGCUUUUGGAAAGCGAGAUGUAA